UUUCUCUCCAGCACAAUGUCAUCUUCCUCCAGCACAAACAUCUCCUCUUCAUCAUGCACUUCCGUAAGUGACAAUGAAAGCAAAAUAAACCUCUUACUCAGCACCAGCUCCUCCGACCUGCCCUCAGGGCCACAAGCUGAAGAUUUCACCAAGGAGUUGACCUGCCCUCUGUGCAUGGAAUGGUUUAAGGAGCCGGUGAUUUUGCCUUGUGGCCACAACUUCUGCAGACCCUGUAUUGAGGAAAUCUGGGGCAGGGCGGAGGUCUGCCUGUGCUCAGAGUGCCAAGCACAGUCCCUGGACAGACAGUACAUAGGGAACAUAGUGCUGGGAAAACUAGUGGAAAAGAUCAAGGGCUUUCACGUAGGGAAAUGCCAGCAGAAGUGCAGCAAACAUGGCGAGCCUCUCAAGCUCUUCUGGAAGAUGGAUGGGAAACUGGCCUGCUUUCUCUGCAGAGAUGCCCAGAAGCCUGAAGAUCAAAGCUCUCAAUUCCUACUCCUUCCAGACGCUGUGCAGCUCUAUGGGGAAAAGCUGAUCUCUACCAGAACUCAGCUAGAGGCCACCCUGCAGGAAUUAAAGACUCUGAAGAAUGCCCAGCAAGAGAAGAUCUCUUGUCACAAAGAGAACAAGUUUCAUCUUCAGCACCACAUCUCCUUAGAGUUUCUGAAGCUCCACCAGUUCCUGCAUGGAAGGGAGAAAAGAUUAAUGAAUGAGCUGCAAGAGGAGGGGAAAAUCUUCCUCCAAGAAAUGGAGGCGAAUCUAAACAAGCUCCAGGAAAAGUGGCAACGAGCCAAGGAGACAGUGUUACGCAUUCAGUCCCGGCUCUACCAGCACAGUUCUAUCGACUUCCUUACAGGCAUAAAAACCUUCAUGGAACACUUGGAGCAAAAAGCAAACACCUUAUCUCCGGGUGCACUUGUCUGUCGUGAACUAAGCCUGGGACAGUUCAAGGGUCCAAUUCAGUACACUGCAUGGAAGGAAAUGAAAUCCAUCCUCAGACCAGGUCUUUCCUUGGUGAUCCUGGACCCGAAGACAGCGCAUCCAAACCUCAUUCUCUCUGAAGAUCUGCGCAGCGUGAGACAUGAUGACACAAAGCAGAUGCUCCCAGAUACCCCAGAGAGAUUUGAUUCCAGUGUUGCUGUCCUGGGGUCUGAAGGAUUCACUUCAGGAAAACAUUAUUGGGAAGUGGAGGUGGAGAACAAAACCAAAUGGACGUUGGGGGUGGUCAAAGAGUCCAUCAACCGGAAAGGGAACAACACAUUAUCACCCAGGGAUGGAUACUGGCUUAUAAGGCUCAGGAACAGGAAUAAGUUUAAAGCUUUGGAUAUACCUGCGAAAGGUCUGACCCUGAGUACUAGCCUGUCUAGGAUUGGGGUGUAUCUGGACUAUGAGGGGGGACAGGUGUCUUUUUAUGAUGCCAAUAAGAUGUCCCAUAUCUAUACUUUCAUGGACACUUUCACAGAAAAGCUUUACCCGUACUUCUGUCCUUGCUUGAAUGACUCCAGUGAGAACAGUGAGCCCCUGAAAAUCUCCUUCAACAUGUAGGAGCAGAUUUGCUGACGCCUCCCCCUAUGAAUCAGGUUUCCCUAGACACCAGUAGGUCUGAAACAAGGCUCAGAUUUAGUAACCUAUGUUACUAAAAAUGUGUUGAAUAUAGCAUGGUGUGUCCCUUCCAACACACCCAGUAUCACAAAUGCUGUUUGUAGUACUUGCCUCUGACGGUUUCUUAGGGUUUUCCAGGUUUAGGGGCAGUAGUCUGGGGCGUGGGGAGGGUUUCUAGUAGUGGCUUGGUGGGAGGUUGGGACUUCUGCCAUGAGUCCUGAUUCAGUCUCACUAUAUUUUGUUGAUGGAAAACGUUCCGGAGGCCUGGCAAAUACUCCCCACUUGACCAGUUCCAUUGGCUGGGACAGGAGCCAUUGGGCUGGGAUCCUGAAAGUGGGGAAGGUGAGUUGAUCAAGUCCAGGCAGGACUGGGUAGGAAACCAGAAGGGAGCCAGAUCCGAGAGAGCAACAGAGCCAGCUGCAGGAAAGGGUGGUAUUUGGGCUGGGCUGUCUCCAGGGGGUUGCCUGAGGGCAAUGGAGUUGGGGUAUUGGGCGGAAGGAGCUGAGGAUGAGUAUACCUUUCUUCACUUGUUAAGGGUUAAGGAGAUCCCCUUAGUCAAGGAAAGGCUCAACAUUUCCCCUCUAAAUAAAACAAGCUCAAAUGGCUAAGGCUAGGAGAGAAUGAGCAUUGGGACUCCUUGCGUGUAAAAGCUGCUCUUUUAAAUCAAAUUUUAUUCCAUUCAGUCUCCUCUUGUCCCCUACAAACCAAUAUAGAACUCUGCAUAGCAACCUAUACAGAUAGAUUUGUUUUAAAAUAAUACAAUUAGAAGGCAGCAGGAGCAGAACCUAAUGCAAAGAACAGCAGUGAAUUUCUGACAGGUGCACAGGCUAUUGCUAAACACAAAAAGUAGCAAAUGGAGACCAAGAACUGUACUGAAGUUUGAACAUCUAAGAGGUCACCGAAGUCCACUGGCAUGAGCCAGUUUUUUAAAGGAAUUUAAAAGGGCAUCUUUUUUCCAUUGGAAACAAUCUUAAGGGAUGAGUGAGGAGCACAGAGGAAGUCAAGCCAUGGCAUGACUAAAAUACAGGGCAAUGAGAAAGAUGUUAUAGAAAAAAAAAACAAAACCCACAAGUUCACUUGAGACCUGACCCUAUUCUCAUUAAAAUCCACAGCAAAACUCCCAUAGAGCUCAGAGGGUGCAGAUCAUGGCCUAGGCAACUCAGAAUUGUAGAGCCCUCUAAAGAAGUGUGGAAAUAUUGGAGAAUAUGUGAAAAGUGAAAAUGUCUAGAUUCUGGAAAUCUAUGAAGGAGCAGAAGUCCUUGUUCUAACUAGAGCCACCUGUCAACACAUUACAAUCUUGUAGUCAUUAAUAUUCAAGAAGCCCCUACAUAUAGAGCAGUGCUUUAGGGUAGCAGUUUUAUUAAAUCUUAAUGACAAAGAAAUAAUCCUCACGCCUAAAAUUGCUAGAGGAAGUUAAAGUGGACCUCUAAAAUUCUGCCAUGAAUACUUGGUUUGAUACAAGGACACAUCUUUAGGAAUGGAAAAUACUCAGGGCCUGAUUGUUCUCUGAUUUACAGCAGGCUUACACCAGUGUGAGAGAAGAAUCCAGUCCUUAGUAUCAGUGCUGGACACUACAUGUAUUAUAUUGUUUUUCAGAUUUAAAAGUUGAAAACUUAUAUUACUGACAGGUUUUUUUCCCCCUGGUUAAUUGUUGUUGCUCAUUGAAGUCACAACAACGAUGGGGAUGCUGGUUUCCACAGACACAUCCUUACACGCUACAUCCUAUUAGACUCUAGAAUUUACAUUCACUUUCUUCUUAAUGUUAAAAACAUUUAGCACUUAUUGCAAUCACCUGAAAGCU